GUUUGAUACUCCCUUCAUCGUCUAACCAGGAAAUACAUCACGGAAGUAGCUAGCUGACACUACGCUUUUAGCUAAAAUAGACAUGAUAUUGCGAUUUCGAGAGACAAACUGAUGAGCAGAAUUCGGGGAUUUUAAAUUUCACGAAAUAUUUACUCAGAUACAUUGCAUUUGAUAGGUUAAAGAGAUGAGGAGACGUACACUGUGAUAAACGAUAGCUAGCCAUGGUUAGCCUAGGACCUGCCGACAGCUGUGACCACAAUGCCCAGUCCACAAGCUACGUUAACGUUUCAGUAUGAGAAAUGCAUCAACUGACGUUAAUCUUCUUUAGCUAAAUUCUCUUUCGGCUUCGCGUUAGUUCUCGCUCCUUGGUUUAGAGGAGGAUAGCGUCGCUACAGUAUCUGCCUUGCACAUUUCAUAUUUGAAGGACUAUACUCAAUCGGCAGCAUGUUUCAGAAGACCUCUUUCACGACGCUCAUAGUCGGGGUGUUCGUUGUGUAUGUUUUGCACACUUGCUGGGUGAUGUAUGGCAUCGUUUACACCAAGCCUUGUGAGAACCCCAAAUUCGAAAACUGCCUCAAACCUUAUUUGUCAGGAAAAACACGACUGCAGCUGAGUAUCUACACUGCUUUACGACCCAAUGCUGAGGGUGGACACACCCUCAUUCACAAGGAGGAGGACUUUGAUGUGGAGUCCAAGUUUGAAAGGAUAGUGAAUGUGUCUCUCCCAAAGAAGACCCGCAAGAAUGGGACGUUGUAUGCCAUGGUGUUUGUGCACCAGGCAGGCAUGUCUCCGUGGCAGGACCCUAGACAGGUGCACCUGGUGACUCAGCUCACCACCUACAUGAUACCCAAACCACUGGAGGUCAGCCUGAUCUCAGGGGAGGAAGCACCGAAGCCAGAGCAGCUGAAACGGAAGACUACUACUGGAGGUGACUCUGCAGUGGACCGGCCAGUGUCUCACUGGCGCUCCCGUCUCACACUCAAUGUGGUGUCAGAAGACUUUGUCUUCGACAGGGACUUCCUGCCCAGUGACGUGCACCGCUACUUGAAAGUAUUUCAAAAUGGAAAAAAGAUGGUGUACCUCCCACUGCUGUUUGUGGAUGAGCUGAGCAACCGAGUGAAGGACUUGAUGGAGAUCAACAGCACCAGCAUUGAACUGCCUCUCACUAUCUCCUAUGACACCAUCUCCCUCGGGAAACUCCGCUUCUGGAUUCACAUGCAAGAUGCCGUCUACUCCCUGCAACAAUUCGGCUUCACUGAGAAAGACGCGGAUGAAAUCAAGGGCAUAUUCGUGGACACCAACCUGUACCUCUUAGCCCUUACCUUCUUCGUAGCUGCCUUUCAUCUCCUCUUUGAUUUCCUGGCCUUCAAAAAUGACAUCAGCUUCUGGAAGCAGAAGAAAAGCAUGGUGGGGAUGUCCAGCAAAGCAGUACUGUGGAGGUGUUUCAGCACCAUUGUGAUUUUCAUGUACCUGUUUGAUGAGCAGACAAGCCUGCUGGUCCUCAUUCCUGCUGGAAUUGGCUCCCUGAUCGAGGUGUGGAAGGUGAAGAAAGCUUUUAAGAUACAGAUUAUCUGGAAGGCUGUAAGACCAACGUUCAUAUUUGGGAAAUCUGACGAAUCAGAGAGAAGGACUGAAGAGUAUGAUACUCUGGCAAUGAAGUACCUCUCGUAUUUACUCUACCCAAUGUGUAUUGGAGGAGCUGUUUAUGCCUUAGUUUUUUUGAGAUACAAAAGUUGGUACUCUUGGAUCAUCAACAGUUUAGUGAAUGGAGUGUACGCUUUUGGAUUCCUCUUCAUGCUACCUCAACUCUUUGUUAACUACAAGUUUAAGUCUGUGGCACAUCUACCCUGGAAAGCAUUCAUGUAUAAAGCGUUCAACACCUUCAUCGAUGACAUAUUUGCCUUCAUCAUCACGAUGCCCACCUCCCACCGGCUAGCCUGCUUCAGGGAUGAUGUGGUCUUCCUCGUCUACUUGUACCAGAGAUGGCUGUAUCCUGUUGAUAAGACCAGAAUGAAUGAAUAUGGACUGUCUUACGACGAGGAAGAGAAACCCAAAGGGAAAGCUCAUGAAGACUAAAUCUAUAGUUGAUUGCACACACGCUGGUCCUGAGAGCCAUGUGUAGAAUAUGGACCUAGACAUCGUUGUGCUGGGAUGGGGUACAAUGCCAAUAAAACGCAAGUUAAACGU